UGCCUGUUUCAAUGAUAUUGCAGUAGGUGCAGUAUGCUGAAGGGUGGAUCAUUCACAGAAUCAGAAGAUACUUUACAUCAUGACACUAGGAUGUCCGGCACCUUACCGAAGGCUAGGAAUAGGAACUAAAAUGUUAAAUCAUGUCUUAAACAUCUGUGAAAAAGAUGGCACUUUUGACAACAUCUAUCUGCAUGUCCAGAUCAGCAAUGAGUCUGCAAUUGACUUCUACAGAAAGUUUGGCUUUGAGAUUAUUGAGACAAAGAAGAACUACUAUAAGAGGAUAGAGCUCGCUGAUGCUCAUGUGCUGCAGAAAAACCUCAAAGUCCCUUCCGGCCAGAACACAGAUACGCAAAAGAUAGACAACUGAACAAAUUACAGAUGAACUUUCUUGCACUUGCUUGUCGCCAAAUAAAAGAGAGGCCCAUUGAUUCCC